AUGCCGAAAGAGUUGAACAAGGCAGCAGGCGACACUCUGGAGACGAGUGCCCUUUCUAAGGCCGAGGUAGUGGCGACACCGGCACAGACAUCACUCCCAGGCCUAAAAUCACUGAAGCGGCACCUGCGAAAGACGUACGGUGAUCGCUCCUCGGAGAUGGUAAGCCGCUACUUCCGCUCCAUGCUUGACCUCGCCUCCUACGACAACCACACAACGUUCCUCAUGCGCUGCCGUACCAAGCAAGUCGUGCCGCAUGCCUAUCGCAUUUACUGCAACAACGUCAAGAGCACCAAGCAGGUGGUGCGCAUCUUGGACGAGUACACCCACAAGCUCAUGCUUUCAGACCUUACCUACAACCGCUUGCGAAAGGUGCAGGUGUCGACUCUCAUAGCGCGUCUAUACGAGAAGCUCGAGAAGAUCUUGUCGCCGGACGACUUCAAGAGUGUAGUGCUGCUGGCCAAGGGGAAGUACGAGAGCGUCUUCAAGGCCACCAGGGACAAGCAGCGUGCCAUGUUCGACGACCUACUCAAAGAGCGCGGCAUUCAAGAAACAAGAAGGUCGGCUCUUUCAGGGUGA